CGUCCUGUGACGUCCUGUGUCACUAGCUAUUUUUAGCAUCCUAAGUUAACCUUGAUCAGGCACUUCGAUUCGAACUUCAUUUGCUAGCCACUAUCACAGUUACAGCUGCAGUCUGAUCACCUCGUUGACCUCAGAGACGUGUCUUGCGGAAAGGAAUAAUUUAAAUAUCGCCUGUAUUCCUCGCAGAAUACGAUGGCAUUCAACAUAUUUCUUCGAGGUGUCCUACCUACUGCAAUCUUCCUCCCAAUGAGUUAUGUAGCAAUGCAAAUCGUGUUUGGCCGUCACAUGUACCAAAGCGGUACAGGACUGCAACUUCGCGAACAUUGCAGCGCCCCAAUCGGAACGGAAGGGUACCCUUUGCGCUUGGCAUACACAGGCUAUCCUGACCUCGAUUAUCGCAUGUGCGCACUUGUCGCGCUCUUUAAGGCCCUGCUGAACCCGGCCUAUCGACCUCUCGUAGCAGAGCUCUUCACUGCCCUCGCUGCAGUGACAAUGAUACCCUUCGUCGAAGCUGCACGUGAAAAACGCUCUAUCUUCCUUGGAAUGCCUGCUGCUGUUGGCGUGCUCUUCCAGCUGUUCAGUUUUGCGGUCAUCAUGCCAGUUUAUUAUGUCGCGCUUAUUCUGAGUGGAGCAGCAAUCGGUAGCCCCGUCAAAGGUCGCGCAACAAAAAUUACCCAGGGCAGUGCCGAAGCUUUACUCUUUGCCCUGGUAGUUGGCUACAUCAUCCCGACGGUGUGUAUGGUUGUAUUUCAAGAUACCAUAUCCACUGCACUAUGGCAAGGUUACCCCAUCAUCAUGGCGUUCGCGCAGUUUCUACACCUCAUCAUCCGCCCUUCUUCCCGUUACGUGAAAUCCGGUUACGUUACUAUCCAGGCCAUGUAUGGUCUUAUCUUCGUCACGUCUGCUAUCCUCCACAUCUACUACACGUGGCCACUCUUCUUUGACAUCCAGCAAUUCCAGAAGGUCCUGGUGCCACAGUUGGCACUGAGUCGGCAUCCUUUGUCCUUAGCCGAAGGAGUUGCCGCUGUCAUCCAGUGGGAUGCAGUGUUCGGAGUAGGGUCGACCCUUCUUGUGACAUUUUGGUUCGCUCAAGGCAUGAAGGAAGUCGCUUUACUCUUCCUUUGGCAUGCACUCGUCUCAGUGGCGUUUGGCCCUGGAGCAGCCAUAGCUGGCGUACUGUCAUUUAGAGAAGCGAGAAUAAAUAGCCAAACUCCUGUGGUGGAUAAGGAGCAAUGAGUUUGACCGCCGGGGCCAUGACUGGAUUAGAGUACCGAGUCUCAAUAUCGAUGUCAUCACUAUGUACGCAAUAUGUACGUGUAUCGACCCUCAUUUGAAUCAAUAAUGGUACAGCCGAAAAGCAAAAGCAGAAAAUAAAAUGCUAAACAGAUACAAUAUUCAUCGCAAAGAAAUCAUGAACAAUCCACAAAGUUGGUCACGGAUCACCGCUUCUUGCUUUUGCCAUUCGCAUUCGCCUUGGGUUUAGCAGGAGCCUUUUUCUUUUUGGGUCGAUCAUCGUCCGAAUCGGAAUCACCGCGAGUUCCCUUUGCCUCGGCGGCUCGCUUGGAAUCGGCUGGUUUUA